UUCAUUUUUCAAAGUAGGCUAAAACUAUGCGAGAUGUACGCGUAUAAAUAACUAGCAUAUCGAAACUUCUGCAUAUAAUUGUCCAAUAAUUUCUUUUUAAAUAAUCUUUAUUUACGUUUUAUUUUACAUCGUUAAUUAUUAGAUACAAUGGAUCCUCGAAUACAUAGAAGAACAGAGCCGGAAAAAGGACCGGGCGAUUUGGGAUACGAGUACAUAAUUAUAACGAUUAUUAAAUGAACAUUUAUUUUAAAUCCAGGAGAAGAUAUCAAAGUUGCAAAUAUAUGUAAAGUCCAAGAAAUCCUAAUAAACAAGGAGCCCCAAUUGCUUCCAUUAUAUUUGGAUGAAGCAUUACAGUUCUCCUUAGAUAGAAAUGCAGAAGUUAGAAAAACAGUUACAGGUUUCAUAGAAGAAGCUGGAGUAAAACAACCACAAGUAAUUCCACGUGUAGUUCAAGUACUUUUAAGAUUAGUUUCUGAUGAAUCAUCAGCUGUUGCUAAAAGAGCUCUCAGAGCCAGUGGUAGAAUAUUAAGAGCUGCAUUAAAAUGGAUAUCUAGUGCCAUCACAGUUACACCAGAAAUGGAAGUAGCGUGGAACCAACUUAGUACCCUUAAAAUUCAAAUCAUAAAUAUGAUCGAUAGUGAUAAUGAUGGAAUUAGGACACAAGCUGUGAAAUUUCUUGAAGGUGUUGUUUUGAUACAAACAUACCCAGAUCCUGAUACUCCAAAAAAAUUAGAUGAUUUUUCUCUAGAAGAUAUUCCAUUAACAUUAAAAAUAGCUCGUAGGCGAAAAUUGGAGGAAGAAGCUAAUGAUGUAAUGGAUUUAUUGAUUAAAUUUCAUGGAUCUCCGCAUGUUAGUAGUGUCAAUUUGAUGACGUGUAUGGGAUCUCUGGCUUUGGUUGCUAAAACAAGACCUCAAUUUAUGCCAGGUGUAAUACAAGCUUUGCAAAGGCUACAACAUGAUUUACCACCCACACUAUCCGAUUCUCAAGUAACUAGUGUGCAGAAGCAAUUGAAAUUAACUUUAUUAGGACUAAUGAAGCACCCAGCCAGUAUAGAAUUUGCAUCUACAAUAGCUAAACAAUUAACACAGCUGGGGGCAAAAGAACAGGAAAUUCUUAAAGCUUAUCCAAAACCGGAAGAUAUUCGGCGUAUGAAAAAGCGUCAACAAGAAGCAGCUGCUUCUUCUGCCGCUAAACGUGUUAAAAUCGAAACACCUUUAAUCUCGGAUGAACCGGAAAUUGUACCUAGUCUAGUACCUCCCACAAAAUUACCAGAAUUGAUUGAGCUUUCAGAAAGUUUUAUCGCUGAAAGAUUAAGCGUGGAAAUUGCUACAGAUUUAGUAAUGGAUAGCAUGGCAUGGGUCCCGGAUACAAUGACAAUGAUUUUUCAAAGAGAAUACCAGCCUACUUCGACGACUGAUAUAAACAUUCAGCGGCAAACAAUUGCUAAAUUGCUAGCGACACAAAUAAAACAAGCUAAAACGAAAAAGAAAAAGGAAGCUAAAGAUGAAGAUGCCGUGAUGGAAGAUUUAGUGAAAAAUCCAACCAUUAGUGUAGCGGAAGCAAAACGGGAACGAAAACGUGAAAAAGAUAGGGAAAAAGAAAAAGAAGCAAAAGCAUCAUUGGAAGCUCAUGAAAAAUCGCUCGUAAAAGCACGAACGCGUUUAAAAGCUUUAAAGUUGUCUGAAGUUACGAAACCAUUGUCAAAGGAAGUGAAAGAAAAGAUGUUACUGAUGGCUGUUAACCGAAUUUUGCUUUCUGAGAAGACAGCUGUGUUUGGUGGCGUAGCAGCCAUAAGAUCAAAAAUUUUAACUACUCUAGCUGCAACAUUUAAUCCAUAUAUUAAAGAAGCAGUACUACGUUAUAUCACUGAUGAUAUGAGAAAUCGUUUGGACUUAGCUUUAGGCUGGUUAUAUGAAGAAUAUGCAUUACUUCAGGGUUUCCAAAGACGAACAACACUAUGUGCAAAACCCCAAGAAGCUCCGCAUCAGGCUUACAACUUUUUAUUGUGUACAUUAGUAUCUGCAAUAGAUUUGGUUCAAGGCAAAGAUCGUGACACAUUGUUAUACAGGUUAUACUUGGAAGCUCCUUUAAUCACAGAAGAUGCUGUUGAGGCUUUGAAAAUGGUAUCCUCUGACGAAACAAGAGGAUUGGCACCGUUGCAAUUGUUAAAAGAAAUGGUUAUUCGUAGACCGACCAAACAACUGGUUUUCUUAAAUGUAUUGUUAUGUCAUACUGGUCAUGAGAAUAAUACGAUAAGAGAAGCUGCUAUACAAUUAGUUUGCCAGCUAUAUAGUCGACCUGAGUUAAGUAAACUUAUAGAAGAGUACGCAGUUCUCUAUUUAGGUUUCUUACGACUUCAUACUCCACCCGAGAUCGUCUUCGGGCAAGAUCGUGGUAGGCCACAAGUAGAAACCCAGUGGAGUGAAUCAACUACUAGAGCUUGCCUUGGAUUGUAUCUUGCUUUGUUGAGUGAGCACCAAGAUUUGAUCCAUGAAUUAGCAAGAGUUUAUACAUCAAUGAGUGCAGAUGUAAAACGCAUGGUUCUUAGAUUAGUAGAAGGACCUGUUAGAUCUUUAGGAAUGGGUAGUCCACAAUUAUUAGCACUAGUUGAAAAUUGUCCUAAAGGUGCUGAAACGCUGGUUACAAGAAUUAUUCAUAUUCUUACAGAAAAAUCUGCACCAAGCGCAGAGUUAGUAGCACGGGUACGGGAACUUUAUCAAACCAGAGUUUCAGACGUUCGAUUUUUAAUACCAGUCUUAAAUGGUUUAACGAAAAAAGAAGUUAUAGCCGCCCUUCCGAAACUUAUAAAAUUAAACCCUAUUGUUGUUAAAGAGGUAUUCAAUAGAUUAUUAGGAACUCACAAUAAUGAAAGCGGUGUACCUCAUACGUCCCCUAUAACACCAGCUGAACUGCUAAUUGCCUUGCAUAAUGUAGAUCCAAGUAAAGCAGAAUUAAAAACAAUUAUAAAAGCUACGUCUCUAUGUUUUGCUGAAAAACAAAUAUAUACGCAAGAAACUGUAGCUGUUGUAAUGCAACAUCUUAUGGAAAUGACGCCGCUUCCUACGUUGCUCAUGCGUACAGUAAUACAAAGUUUAGCAUUAUAUCCAAGGUUAAGUGGAUUCGUUAUGAAUAUACUUCAACGAUUAAUUCUCAAGCAAGUUUGGAAGCAGCCAAAAGUUUGGGAAGGUUUUGUAAAAUGUUGCGAGCGCACACAACCGCAAAGUUUUGCGGUUAUUUUGCAACUUCCUCCAGCGCAACUAGCUGAAGCGUUAAAAAUGGCUGGCAAUUUACGAGCACCUUUACUAGCACACGUUGAAGCUUUUGCCGAAAAUCAGAAAGCGCACAUUCCACAGUCAAUAAUGGAUGUUAUUCAGGGUAAAUCACCUUGCGACAUGCAUGAUGAAUUUGAUAUUGCACCACCCGGUGAUUAUCCGAUUGAACAAAAACCAGAUAUAUUGGAAACUGAUGUUUCAGAACCAGCUCCUCCUGGUUUAGAUUAG